UUUUUGGAAAUGCUUAAAUUUUUAGACCACGUGCAUAAAGUAAAAUUUUUAAACACAUAAUUGCUGCUUCGUGGAAUUAUAAAAAACAUGGGAAAAUUAGAAACUCCCGAUUGGAGUAACGUCCCUACAUGGAUGUUUAAUCACGUCUACGAACCGGCAGAAGAUACAUUUCUUUUAUUGGAUGCCAUCGAACACGAUUUAGAUAAAAUAAAAAAUUUAAACCCAGUUAUUUGUUUGGAGGUGGGAUGUGGAAGUGGAGUUGUAAUUACGGCUGUUGCCAAAGCUUUAAACAAUUCAGCAUUAUUUAUUGCUACAGACAAAAAUAAAUAUGCCACCGAAGUUACAAAAAUAACUUCAAAACAAAACAAUACUGAAAUUCAAAUUGUUAGAACUGAUUUGGUUGUUGGUUUGCAUGAUCGCCUUCAAAGAAAAAUUGAUUUAAUUUUAUUUAAUCCUCCUUAUGUUGUAACUCCAUCUCAUGAGGUAGGUGGUGAAAGUUUAUCAUCAUCUUGGGCAGGUGGAAUAAAAGGAAGAGAAGUUAUUGACAGAUUUAUACCAUACAUAUCAGACUUAUUGAGUGAAAAUGGCCUUUUUUAUUUAGUCAUUAUUAAACAGAAUGAUUAUAUGGAUAUUGCAAGAAUUAUGAAAGCGUAUGAUUUUCACUGUACUGUUGUUUUGUCAAGACGCAGUGGAUGUGAACAUCUAUCUGUUCUUAGAUUUUCUCGAAAUUUAAAUGAAAAAUAAUAAUGUGAAGAUAACAGAUUUAAUUUAUAAAAUAAA